GUGGCACGCACCGGCAGCUGUUGGGUGACAACCUCUGCUGCCUGCUGCUCCGAUAUAAAUAUACUAGUCGAUUCAUUGAGAAGACUGAAGAUAGUGGUGGGGGCAGCAUGGAUUGGAGUGCUCCCGCAUUGUUGAGCUCCGUAUCCGAGUCCUCCUUCCGGAACCUCUGCUGCUAUGGGGCUGGAAUCGCAGGGAACGUUUUUGCCUUCGUGCUCUUCAUCUCCCCACUGCCGACCUUCAGGCGGAUCGUUCGGAAUGGAUCGACAGAGCAGUUCUCGGCCAUGCCGUACAUCUACUCGCUGCUCAACUGCCUGAUCUGCAUGUGGUACGGUCUCCCCUUCGUCUCCUACGGCGUCGUACUUGUCGCCACUGUCAACUCCAUCGGCGCCGCCUUCCAGCUCGCCUACACUGCCCUCUUCAUCGCCUUUGCGGACGCCAAGCAGAGGUUGAAGGUGUCUGGUCUCCUGGUCGGUGUCUUCCUGGUGUUUGGCCUGAUCAUGUAUGUUAGUUUGGCAUUGUUUGAUCACAAAACACGGCAAACAUUUGUCGGAUAUCUCAGUGUUGCGUCCCUCAUAUGCAUGUUCGCGUCCCCCUUGUCUAUCAUUAAUAUGGUGAUCAGGACGAAGAGUGUGGAGUACAUGCCCUUCUAUUUGUCAUUAUCUAUGUUCCUGAUGAGCUUAUCAUUCUUUGCAUAUGGGGUGCUACUGCAUGAUUUCUUCAUAUAUAUUCCAAAUGGGAUUGGAACCGUAUUGGGUGUCAUACAGUUGUUGCUAUAUGCCUACUUCAGUAAAGGAUCAAGAGAGGAAGGCAGGCGGCCAUUGCUUGUCACGCAUACUUGAGCAUGCAAAGGAGCAAGACUUGGUCCAAACUCUUAGGGCUUGUACAGUCAUCGCUGUAUUGUUGUAUGCCUGCAGCUUCAGGAUACAAGAAGUUCAGAGGAGAAACUUGAUCUGUCGUUGGUGAAUGGUGACAUCUCACUUUGACAAAUUCCAGGGCCAUGCUAUCUGAAGACUGAAGACUUCUAAUUGCCGUGGUUAUCCAAAUUUUUUCGUCUCUGUGAAAAGCUUUUAUGUAUCUUUACACGCAACGCAAGUCAUAGUUUUGCUGUAUAUUCCAGAUUAGAUGAUGUAAGGUUUUCGUGUCAUUUGUUCAUAUGAAGUUAUUAUGUAUAUUGUGUAUAGCAUUGUUAUGCAGACUUCGUCAAUGGAUGUGGCCUCCUGCACGAUGGUACUCCCUCUG